UUCGUUCAAGCUGUCAUUAUUCAGAUCGAAGAUCCUAGUUUUGAAUCAAAAACAUUAAAACAAAUAAUUAAAGUGGAAUUAGUAAGGCAUUGCAAUUAAGAGUGAGAUCUAGAAUAUUAAGCAAACAUGGAUCUCAUUUCGCCGUUCGAGUGAUAUAUACAGUGUAGACAGAAGAAAGCUAGUUUAGUUACAAAAUAUACUUCUUCCUUCCUUUGUUAUUCAAUUUGUCAUACGUCAACAAUAUCAAGCAUACAGGCAUAGGCAGAGUUCGACUGCUUAUCUGUAGUAAACUAAGGGUUUAAGUUUAAUGCCAAGAUUAAUUCGCAAAAGGAAAAUGAGCAUCAACAGUCCACCGUUUGGAAUUACAUGUCUCACGAAUGUUACUUCCAGACUAUGUCCUUCAAUACAUUUUAAUAGAUUUUUAUUAUACAAGCUGUCUGUGUUAAUGCUUACAUAUUUGAGCUAUGUAUGUUACCAUAUGACAAGAAAGCCACUUGCUGUUGUUAAAUCAGUAUUACAUAGGAACUGCUCUGAUCCACAAGGAUCAGUAACUGAGACUUUACAUUUCGGAGCUGACGAUAAUUCUUGCAACUAUCCACCAUUCGAUGGACCAGAUUCUACUGCCUUGCUUGGUCUCAUGGAUUCAAGCUUUCUUAUUUGCUAUGCGAUUGCAAUGUUUUUUUCUGGAUUCAUAGCUGAACGUGUAUCACUAAGAUACUUUUUAUCCCUUGGAAUGCUGUUUUCUGGAUUUUUUUGUUAUUCAUUUGGAUACGGAAAAGUGAAGGAUAUUCAUUCAUUGACAUAUUUUAUGAUUAUUCAAGCUCUUGCUGGCAUUUUUCAAACAAGUGGAUGGCCAGGUGUAGUCACAAUAGUUAGUCGUUGGUGUGGUAAAGCAAAGCGAGGCUUAAUUUUUGGCAUCUGGAAUUCGCACACAUCAAUUGGAAAUAUGCUGGGAACUUAUAUAGCAGCACAUUAUGUAGAUAGUGAUUGGAGCAUGUCAUUUAUUGUUCCUGGAUUUAUUAUGGGCAUUAUGGGAUUCAUUAACUUUAUGUUCCUCAUUGAUUCACCUGAGCUUGUUGGUAUGCAGCAUGAAGUUACGUCAAAUAACCCUGAAACAGCAUAUCGACGAAUUGAUGACUCAGACAUUGAAGACGAAGACGUGGCAUCAGAUGUCCUUGCACGCUCAGAGAGUGGUGAUCAUGAAAGUAAUCCUUCAUUAAGGUCUUUGCGUGGAAGUGUUAAUUCACAGGAAACUCGGUAUAAUGAACGAACUCCAAUAUUGAGUGGUCAUCACCAAAACUCACAUCAUGAUGAGCCUAUUGGUUUUAUGGGAGCCGUGAAAAUUCCCGGUGUAAUGGAAUUCUCGUUGUGCUUAUUCUUUUCCAAAUUAGUCAACUACACAUUCCUUUUCUGGCUACCAUUGUACAUUAAAAAUACCACUCCUUUGUCAUCUGAGCACAGUGCAGAGCUUUCGAUGGUUUUUGAUAUUGGAGGAAUUGUUGGUGCGAUAUUGGCUGGAGUCGUAUCAGAUGUAUCUUCAAUGCCUGCUUCUACGUGCGUUAGCAUGCUGUUUGUGUCUGCACCACUUUUAUUCAUUUAUGAGACUUAUGGAAAUUUAGCAUGGAUUGCGAACGUUGGACUUUUAUUUGUUGUUGGACUUUUUGUGAACGGACCUUAUGCUUUAAUUACAACUUCGGUAUCAGCUGAACUUGGACAGCAUAAAUCAUUAGAAGGAAAUGCUAAAGCUCUUGCCACUGUAACAAGUAUUAUUGAUGGCACUGGAUCUAUAGGAGCAGCUGUUGGGCCAUUAAUCGCUGGAUUAGUACAAACAGGAGGCUGGCAAAAUGUUUUUUACAUGCUUAUCACAUCAAACAUUUUAGCUAUGGUUCUUCUAUUUAGAUUAGUUGGUAAAGAAUUGAAAAAGUGCCGUAGAAGAGGGAAUAUAAGAAUAGAAUGAUAUGAUGAAAUUGAAAGAUAUUUUACAAACAUAACUUAACUUAUAAUUUACAUAAUUAUAAAUCUCAAUUAGUUCAUUUUUGAUAUGAAGAUAUAGACAUGCAUAUUUUAAAUAACCGAAUGUGGCUGUUCCGAUACAUAUUUCUGUCAAGAUCGUUGUUUUAAGGAUCCAAAAUUUGAAACCAAAUUAAA